ACAAGUAUGUCCAAUACGUAUCCCACUGUAAUACGCUUAACCGAGAAGUUUAAAGCUUCAAAAAUACGUUUUUAUCUAUCAUUUUGUAAAACCAAUAGCACUUCUGGAUAAGUAACAUUGAUUCUUCAACUUGUUAUCAGGCUUUUGAAAACCUUACGUUCAUAGCCUUUUCAAGUACUGAAGCCUUUCUGAUAUUUGUAGCAUCAGAAAAGUGGCCAAACAGAUCGAAAGAACUAGCUCAGUUGAAAAAAGGUUUAAAUUUGUCUAAAAUAUACACUAAGGUAUAUAAAAUUUAGGAACAUAACAGUUUUAUUGAACACUGAGAAAUCAGAAACAAGAAACAAAAUAAAAAUUUAAGAAUUCUCAAGAAAUCAUUUAAAGCCAAAAUGUCUCCAGUUGCAACGUUUUUUAAUCUUCGAACACUUUUUUCUAUAUGAAACCAAUACUUGCAGUAGUAAAGUUAAUAGUUACGUAAAAUGUUCAUACUAACGAUUUGAUAAAAUGAUAUUUUGCUUCUAUAAUGUUUCAAAACAUUCCGCUCAUGUACUAACAGUACUUAAAACAAUGAAGAGCUCUUAAAAUAUUCCGAUAUUUGUAUUUUGGUUUGAGCAUUCAGAAAGAGCGGUCAUCGAAACAAAAAUGUAUUAUUCAUUGGUUUUAUUUGAAAUUUUAUUAUUUUCUAGUGAGAUCUAUUCAUUUUCGAUUGUGAAUAACGUUUCUGUUUCGAGUGAUGUCCUUAGUCAAGUAUUUUACGAUGAAAUGAAAAAUAAUCCAAGUAAAAUUUACAAAUCCGGUCCUGAUUUUGGGGACUAUAAUUCGAAAAAUUGUCUCUCUAGUUUAAGAGAAAUUAUGAAACAAUAUCCCAGCCCCCAAGUUUAUCGAUUUUUCGAUUCAUGGGGUAGUGUUCCAUCAGGUGUAUUAACCGGGAACCAAUAUGAUCUUGGCAACUAUGAUCAAUGUGUCAACUCUGUCUUACGAGUAUUAAUCAACGAAAUCGAUACUGAUUUUAUAAUUCCACAAUAUUGUGUUGCCACAUUACCUCUUAAAAGGGAUCCAUCAGCAGAAAUUCCAGUAAAUUAUUGGGAUCUUGGUCGUUCAAUUAAUGUUGGAAUAUGUGUUCCAAAUAGUUGUAGUCCAGAAUUACUUACAGCAGUUUUUAAGGAAUCAACCAAAACCAGCUACGAUGGAGCUCUUUCUGAAAUUUCUAUAGGUAAUUGUUCAGAUGGAGGAAUUCCACAACUUACAGCUGUUCAAAUCACUGGAAUAGUAUUUUUAGUGGUAAUUACAGGAUUGAUGAUUUUGAGCUCAGCUUACGAAGUCUAUGUCAACCAUUUUAUGAAAAAACCAAAACCGAUAUUUUUGGCCUUCUCCAUUUUGACAAAUGGAAGGAGACUAUUCUCAAUCAACACCAAGCGAUCUCGCAGCAGCAUUGAUUGUCUCAAUGGACUUCGUGUCAUAUCGACUCUAUGGAUUGUCAUGCACCAUUCUUAUGACAAUAUUUUAGGGGCUCCUGUCAUAAACUAUUCAGACCUUUCAGCUUGGUUCUAUAGUUGGGAAUUUAUGCCAAUUAUCAAUGCAAGUAUGACAGUUGAUACGUUCUUUUUCAUGGGUGGUUUAUUGGUAGCUUGGAUUGGAUUCAAGGAAUUGGAUAAGACAAAUGGAAAAAUUAACGUUUUCAUGAACAUCGUACAUCGUUACAUUCGAUUAACGCCUAUUCUCGCCGCUGGACUUAUUUUGGCGUAUUGUAUAAAUGGAAUUAUUUACACUGGUCCAUUCAAAGACAUAUUUAUGGCCAAGAAUAAUUGUAAUGGGAGAAAUUGGUGGCCAAUUCUGUUGUAUAUUCAAAAUUAUUACACCGGAAUGGAUGGUUUCAGUUUUGAUGAUUGUUAUGCAGAAGCUUGGUAUUUGGCAAUUGACUUUCAGCUCUACGCUCUAUCGCCUCUGAUCUUGAUUCCGAUGUGGAAAUGGGGAAGAAAGUUUGUACCCGUUUUGGUAGUUCUGGGAUUGAUUUCGAUUGGAUGGGUUAUGGCGAUAUAUUUUUCGGAUGAUUACACUGCUCUUAUGUUGGGGGUGAAUCCACAUGAGUGGGAAAGAAUUUACAUAGCAACUCACACUAGAUUUGCACCUUGGUUGAUUGGCUUUGGCUUUGGGUAUUUUCUGCACAAAAAUCGUCAAUCAGAAUUCAAACUGUCAAAAAGAGUCCAGGCAAUUUGUUGGAUUGUCAGUUUCUUCACCAUGACAGCUAUCAUCUUUGGACCUUACUUUUCGCUGAACGCAAAAGGCAGAGGUACAGUUUUCGAAGCUGCAAUGUAUGAGAGUUUAAGACGUGUAUGCUGGGCAGUAGUUCAUGUUUGGUUGACAUUUGCGUGUUUCUACGGAUAUGGGGGCAUUGUUGAUGCAUUUCUGUCACAUCCGAUGUGGCAGCCAUUUGCACGAUUAUCUUAUGCAAUGUAUAUGAUGCAUAUGGCCAUUGUUCGAAUGCAUUAUGGAAUGUCACGCACUGAGAUAUUUUUCUCCGUCUAUAAUCAGUUUCUCUUUUUCUGGAGUGCAUUCGGAAUAACAUUCCUUUUUGCCACUUAUUUUACAUUAGCCUUUGAAUCCCCAAUUUUAAUAUUGGAGAAAAUAGUUUUCAAGAGGGGAAAGCUUGUUAAGAAUGGAAAUGUUGAACAAGCACAUCCACCAAAUGCCGUCGUCAUCGAGUCACCGGCAAAGGAUUCAUAAAUGGGCGUUUGAAGCAAAUUGAAUUACUGUGAUACAGGACAUUUAUUUCAAUAAAAAUUAGCACUCCAAAGUUGUAAAAAUUUUAUAUUUUCGAUUGGAAUAUGUCACGACCUGGAGGGCUAGAAUUCCAAACCCCGUUUUCUUUGAAGUAUCAACUCUGAAACUACCCAAAUAAUACAACAAAUAUUUGUUAAAUGUUUUUAUAGAAAUGAUC